AAAAUUUUAUUAUUUAUUGGGUUUCCUGUCUUUUUUUGUUUUGUUUAUAGACCUUGUUUGUCCGGUCAGAUGAUCUUCAAAACUUCAGACUAUGAAGAAGUGUUUAAACUUUGCCCAAUGGCAUUCUAACCAGUUGUCUUUCUUUAUAAUGUGUUAACAGUAUGUUGUUUGGUUAAGUUUAUUGAGAGCCCCAUGUAUGCAAAGUAACACGUCGCCUCGCUGACGACUGACUAUAAUGAAAGUUCAACACAAGGAUGCUGUGUAGUAGGAAAGCAUUGCCUCACCCCCGCGAUGGUCCAUGGGCAUGGCUUGUUUGUUUUUGUUGCUUUUCGAUAAAUUUUAUCAUUUUUGGUCUGGCACUUGCUUAUGGGGUUCUGCUACCAGUCUUCAUGAAGGAAUUUAAUACAAGUAAAGGUGUAACAGCAUGGAUUGGUUCUUUAUCAAUGGCAUUGUCCUUCGGUUGUGGUCCCUUAUCUGUAAAGAUCAUUGCUAUCUUUGGAGAGAGGCCUGUUGGUGUCUUYAUUGGUUUUACAGUGGCUGGUCUAGUACUUGCAAGCUCAUUUGCAAAGAAGAUUUCAAUACUGUUUAUUACGUAUGGUGCUUUGUAUGGGAUCUGCGCAAACCUUCUUUUAUGUUCAACAACAAAAAUUCUUCAAAAAUAUUUCAAAAGGCAUUUUGGAACAGCUUGUGGAAUUACAACCUCAGGGGGGAGCGUUGGAGUUCUUGCACUCUCUCCUUUGAUGCAAGCACUUGUUGAUCUUCUGGGAUGGCGUACUGCAUUACAAGUCAUGUCUGGUGUUUUGGUGCUUUCUGCUUUGGCUUGUUUUUCAUUUGAUCCAAAUGUGGAAAAUGAGAAAGUAGAACAUCACAUUAGUUCUGAAGGUGAACAUUCGACGACAAAGCAACAUGGACGAAACUUUGACUGUUCUAUAUGGAAAAGUCCAAAAUAUACUAUUGCUACAAUAUCAAUCUUCUUAAACUUUUUGUGUUUGCUUGUACCCCUGGUACACUUGGUAACAUUUGCAAAAGACCGAAACAUACCUCCAUCMAAAUCAUCCUUACUUUAUAUCGUCUCUGGCGCCUGUUCAACAAUAUCACGAAUUGUUAUUGGAAAAAUUGUCGACAAGAAAUGGCUUAAUCCACUUCAUUGCAUUCAACUUGGCUCAUACAUCAUCGGUCUCUCGCUCAUAUUCUUCACGUUGGCCAAAACGUACUUCCAUUUCAUUCUUUGUAUAUUUUUCUAUGCUAUUGGAAAUGGUAUGUUUGUUACAACUCAAUACAAUUUUCUCCUGACGUGUUUUAAAGAACGAAAGAAGAGCUACUUYGGCUUGACCAUGUGUUAUGUGGUGACGUCAUUUGGGCUUCUUUCUGGAACUCCUAUCGCCGGUUUUGUUGCCGAUGCCUUCAACUCGUACAUCCCUACGUUUUAUUUAUUUGGAGGUUUGAUUAUAUUCUCUGGGACUCUUCCUUUUCUCCUUCUAUUAUUGAAGCCGAGAGAGGAAAAUACCGAGUUUGACCAACAGUUACAGGUCAUAGGAUCUAGACUAGCUAAUGCUCGAKCAUCACAAAUAAUAAAUUUAUAGAUUUUUAACUACUUUUAUGAAUAUAGCACAGUGCAAACACUCAAAGCAUGAAGUAUUGCUAACCAGUGCUUUUAGUGUCGAUUAGACAAUAGAAAACAACGUUAUUUWUUAUAUGGUUGAAUAAAAUUGUGCAAUUAAAUUGGCUUAGAGGAGUGAUAUUUAUCCUUCAAAUUGUACAAUUUUAUUCAAACAUUUUAUAAACAAAUAAUAGCAUGUUUUGUACGUGGAAUUUGGGAUAAAUACCACUAGUGAUAUUUCAAAAUUUGUCACAAAUUUUGUUUGACAAUUUUGAAAUAUCACGCGUGGUAUUUAUCCCAAAACCACUACAAAACAUGCUAUUACCUAUACUACUGUGCAAGCUUUUUGCGUUUGCAGUCCAAAGAUAUUUAUAAGUAGCAUUUCAAAUGAUAUUUUUAUAAAGGGAACGUAUGACAGUAUAUAUGCUGAGAAUAAUAUCUACAUAUAUGGUAAAAAAAAAAUACAUUUUAUAGUAGUUUUUUUACGAGCCUCAAACGCUACUUGUAAAAAAUACAUAAUAUUUUAGUGAUACAGUGCGGGCACUUAUAAAUCUGAAGUUCAAAGUAAGGGCAGAAUUAUGCCCUUGUUUCUUAUGGUAUAAUAUAGGAUAAUACACAAUAUUCUUUAGUGUUUUAUGACAAGUUUUGCUGUUUAUCGCUACAUGAUAACGAACAAUAAUGAAUUAUUUCAAAGAAUAUCAUAUCAUAUUUUCUAUUAAUAUUGUAGUAUUUUUCAUGGCGAAAUUUACUGAAUAAAUAAUAUUAAUAAUAUA